AUGGACGUCAAUGUUCUUGCUAUAGUUAUUAAUUGGUUUCUUCUGUUAACAAGUGUUUGUGUUGUUCUAAUAUGCUGGUUUUAUCAUCGUAAUUACAACUAUUGGAGGGAUCGUAGAAUCCCUUAUGAGAAGCCUUUCCUUUUCUUUGGAAACCUUGCAUUUAUUAUGAGAAGCAGUUUUUGGGACUUUUGUUAUGAAUUAAAAAACAAACAUCCUCGUGAGUAUGUCGGAAUAUUUUUAGCCUGGAAACCAGCGCUGAUGUUGCAGACACCUGAAUUUGCAAGGAGAAUACUUGUUAAAGAUUUUGAAUGUUUCCAAGAUCGAUAUUUGUAUGCGGGAUUUUCCGAUCCAUUGGGCUCAUUGAACUUGUUUACAGUGAAGAACCCUAUUUGGUCAGCAAUGCGACAUGAACUUUCACCUAUGUUUACUGCGUCCCGGCUGAAAAUGAUUACAGAAUUAAUGAACAUGAAUUCCAAGGAACUGGUGUCAAAAAUCCGUCGUGAUUAUAUUAACAACAAUAAGCCAGUGAACUUAAAGGAAUUAUUUUCAAUGUACACGUCCGACACAGUGGCAUACAGUGUUUUUGGAAUAAGGGUCAGUGUCCUGAAAGAUGAGGAUUCACCGUUGUGGUAUAUAACUAAUCAUAUGGUCAAAUGGACUUUUUGGCGUGGUUUUGAAUUUACUAUGAUAUUCUUUGUUCCUGCUAUUGCUUCUAUACUAAAGUUACAAUUUUUCUCUCGGGCCGCCACAGAUUACAUCAAGAAAAUAUUUUGGAGCGUCGCUGAAGGACGUGAAAAAAAUCAAAAGUCAAAUUAUAAAGAUCUCGUUGAACAUCUACUUAAAUUAAAAGAGAAUUUAAAACUACCCGCUGAUUCGGAAUCGGGUAAAUAUAGAUUUAUUUUGGUUUUCCUAUCUUAG